GGUAGCUAGCUCCACCUCCAACUCUACUACUUUGUUCCCUCUUAGCUUCUAAAUGGCGUUUGCCGGGGAGAGGGAGGGCCAAGACUCACAUAUUGCCUUCCUUCAAGCGUGUUCCUUGUAUGGAAACCUUUGUGGGGGAUCUUCUGUCCAAGUUUCAGAUCCUUCUCAACUUGGCUUCUUUGGAUACAAUAAUUAUUGUGACAACACAGUGCUUGAAGAGGGAGAGGGCUCAGAUAAUUCAAGUGGGUCUACGAAGAAUGCUUCCUCAUUGAGCCAUCUUCCUUCUCUUUUAGACCCAGCAGCUACUAAUGCAAACUGCACUGGGUUUGUGUUUGGAACUGCGAAUUCUCCACCCGAGGAUGCUCAAUCUGUUAUCAACUUCAGAACCAGUUAUGACAAUUUGGAGUGUCAUGAGGAAUCUCUGCUUAGUUUUGAACAGGGAGAACUUGUGGUUUCUGGCAACAGUAAUCGGAUGGUUGAUCAUGAAGAUGACUACUCAAUCUGGGUGGAUGACGUGGCCCAUAACAUACAGUGGAAUCAACCUACUUGCCUCAAGGUUACUAAUGAAACCCGUCUGUCUGAGGACCUGAAUUGUUUUGAAACUGCGAGUGGCUAUGACCUGAUGAGCAGUGACAACCAGCACCGGGAGCGGCCGUUCGGGUGGUUAUUUCCAGCACCAGUUGCCACCACUGGAAGUAUUCAGGAAUCCUGCAGUGGACCAGACGAAGCCUGCUUGCUCAAGCGGCCUUACACGGGUGGUGAGAUGCAAGCAGCAGCCAAGAAGCAGUGUUUUGAUUCAGAUUUGAAGCCAAAAUUCAAGUCAUCUGCAUCCAAGGACCCGCAGAGUAUUGCAGCCAAGGUGUGA